AUUGGAUUUGUUGGUGUGUCGAACCCGGGGUUUAUUCCUGUAGAAUUAGAGAAGGUGAGUCAGACAAUCAUUCAGUGAAGAGGGAGGAUAAAGGGUCAGCUUGCUGCUUUCAGGAUGUGAGAUUUGAGACCAGUGAACCAAGUCUACAAGCAGACAGCCUGUAUCACCACGACCAUAGCAAGCACACACAGGGCCUCUCUUUCACACACCAUCUCACAGUCAGUAUUAGCUAGCCUGUUGAAGGAUCAACAUAUUAGCUGAAAGCAGACAGGGCUUUGAAGCAGUAUGACAGGGAAAAUUCAUGGAUAAAUCUCUGGCCGUUAGUGUGAAGUUUAACAAAUUAUUUUCAGUUCAUUAUUCAUGUGUCUAAACUAAGCUACAAUUAUAAUCUGUUGUGGAUUUAUCGGAGUGUGUGACUUUAUAUAAACGUGAGAUUAGGGAGUAGGGCUCUACAGAUUUGUGUAUAAAGAUCAUUGCCUCUAUGGAGUGGACUACUUUUCUCAGUUCGGCACUCAUUGGAUUUAACAAGAUUUUAGAGUAGAAAAAAAAGAUUUUAGUGUGGAAAAAUAAAAAAUAGACAGGAAGAGAAGAAAAGCUACGAAUUCUGUUUACUUUUGUGCAAAUUGGAUAAUAAUCCCUUGACCUAGAAAAGGAUUUUAGGCUCAAAAAAAGAGACAGAAAAAGAAUUCUUUUUAUUUUUGUGAAAAUUGGAUAAUAAUCCGUUAAAGGAUAUUUUGUGGUGUGUAUUAAAGCAAAGACAUUCUACCAUGGCUUUGUUUUAUGUGAUAACGAUUUUAACAGGACUAAACUCGGUUUUAGCCAUGAUGAAUUUAGAAUCUUGUGAAUCAGGUGCCAAACUCCAUGAUACAGAUCUAGAGACGUUUACUUUCCAAGAUGGUGUCCAACAGGAACCCCGUUUUUAUCGCUACCUCAAACUUGAUAGCCAAUCAGGAAGCCUGUAUGUAGGCUCAAUGAACCAUGUAUAUUCUCUAGGCCUAACUGAUAUCAGUGAUAAGUUGAAGAUUAAAAAACAAGAUCUGAGUCCAAGAAGUAAAGAUGUUAGAAGAUGUUAUAUACAGGGAAAAAAUGAGAUGCCAGAUUGCCAAAGUCAUGUUAAAUUUAUAGCAACUAAUAUAAGUGCUCCGAAUACAUUAUUUGUCUGUGCGACUGGAGCUUACCAUCCCAAAAGUUACCAAAUAAAUAUCCAGUAUAAUAGUUUAUCUAUACAAUCUGAGUCAAGUGGUAUAGGAAUGUGUCCAUAUGAUCCAUUUGAUAAUGCUACAGCAGUAUUAGUAGAGAGUGAUAAUCCAGGAAAUGUACCAGCUCUAUAUUCUGGUACGGUCACAGAUUUUAUUAAAGCUGAUCCUGUUAUAUUUAGACCAGCUUUAUAUCAUAGAAAUAGAACGCAGUCAGCAGCUUACGUCAGAACAUUACGCAAUGAUCAUAAAUGGUUAAAUGAACCUCAGUUUGUUGGGUCAUUUGAUGUUGGAAGCCAGGUUUAUUUCUUUCUGCGUGAAGUGGCAUUAGAAUAUCAGAACUGUGGAAAGAAAAUAUACUCCAGGAUAGCUCGUGUCUGCAAGAAUGAUCGAGGUGGUAAAGCCGUAUUAAACAGUGUAUGGACGUCAUAUCAAAAAGCCAGAUUAAACUGUUCUAUACCGGGAGAAUAUCCUUAUUACUUUGAUGAAAUACAGGAUGUAUAUACAGUUGAUGGCCAGACAUUUUAUGGUUUAUUUACAACUAAUAUCAAUGGAUUAACAGCCUCAGCAAUCUGUGCCUUCUCGGUACAAGACAUAGAAAAAGCCUUCAAUGGACCAUUUAAAGAUCAAUCCCAUAGUAAAGCCAAUUGGUUACCUGUACCGGAAUCAGAUGUACCUUAUCCUAGACCCGGCAAUUGUUCAAUUGAGGAUUCUCGAUCUCUACCUGAUACUGUUGUUAAUUUUGUCAAAGAUCGACCAUUGAUGGAUAAAGCUGUUGCCCAACAAUUUGGUCGUCCAAUCUUCUAUAAGGGUAAUUGUUUAAUGCAGAGACUGGCUGUAGAAGCUAACGUAUCUGGAAAUGGAGAACUUGUCUUUUAUACUGCUAGUAAUACUGGAUUAGUUUACAAGAUAUUUGCUAGACCAUCGAAAUCCGUGUUAGAAGCUCCCAGAUCUAUCUUAUCAACAACAUACAAACCAUUUGAUAAUCCUAGGCCUAUUUGGAGUAUGGUUUUACAUGAUAAAUAUGUGUAUCUUGGAACUGAUUCAUCUGUUGUACAACUAAAUGUAAUGACAUGUGAGAAAUAUAAGAAUAUAGAUUUAUGUGUGUUUGAUCCAUAUUGUGGUUGGAGUAAAACAGCUAGUGAAUGUAUACCUAUACAAGAUAAAAAUACUAACAAUCUGAUUACGUAUAAAGAUAUUGAUAUGGUAAUACCGUUAGAAAAUGCCGUAGAAAAUGCUUUAAAUGAACCUCUGUUUGAAACAAAAGAAUUACGAAGAUCAGCUGGUCACUCAUUAUCAUUAAAGGUUAAUUUUAAACUACAUAUUAGUGGAACAGUCAUUUGGACAAAAAAUGAUUCCAAAUUAUCGAGUCCAAGACAUAUUAUAGCACAAGAUAACUCUCUAAUUAUACCAGAACUAAUGUCAUCAGAUCAAGGAACCUAUAAAGCUAUUGACGAUCAAGAUAGACUCGUAGCUGAAUAUUCUGUCAUGGUUGAUACGUCUAAAGAAGAUAUAGAACAAAGAUGGAUACAGAAGUUUGAUGAAUGGUGUCAAGAGUUUGAACGUUAUCAAAGUGAUAUAAGAACAUGGGAGAAGAAAUGUAGCAACUGUUGUGAAGAUCCUUCUAAUGCCAUUUCAUCUUUUGGUGGAAAGUGAAAUACCCUAUCGUAAUAAACUAUUUAAGUCUUGAUCAUCAUGCUCACUGUAAAACCACGGUAACUGUGAUACGAAUUAAUCGUAAUGUGAUUCCAAUAUUAUAUAUGUAAACAGUUUGAAAUACGAGAAAAAAAAAACAAACGUGAUGAUGAUUAUUGAAAUGGAUAAUUAGGGGACGUGUUGGGGUUUCUUUAAUUAGGAUUCUUCCCAAAAAAACUUUAAUAUGUGGAUUGGCAAGUGUAAAGGAUCGUGAAUUGAAAAUUCUCCAUAAAACAUUAAUAAGCAGAAAGAGUUUGAAAAUGGACAAAUAAUUUUGAUAAAUUGACAAAUGGUAAACUAUUAAAAAAAUAAAAUGUGAAUGUUCGGACUAUGAGCUGUGGAUUUUAAACUAUGAACAAUGUAUGUUCAAACUAUUCUAUGAGCAAUGAAUGUUCAAACUAUUCUAACUAUGAAUAAUGAAUGUUCAAGUUCUGAACUCUGAAUGUUCAAGUUCUGAACACUGAAUGUUCACGUUCUGAACACUGAAUGUUCAAGUUCUAAACAGUGACUCUUCAAGCUGAGAACAAAGAAUGUUCGAACUACCAAAUGCUGAAAAUAAAAUGAACUACGCAACAGAAGUUUUAAACUAUUAUCAACGUGCAUUUAUAUACCAGACAUAAUACAACAGAAGUUCUGACCAUAUAUGGUAAAAAAUAUAUAUGUGUGUGAUGACUAAAUGACCUUAUGGUGCUGUGCAGUAUUUGAAAUAAAUUCAAUGGAGUUGAGUUUUCUCUUUUCAUCAAUGGAACUUUGUUGGUGGAACUUUUUAAUGACUUACAAGCAUAAAGAGUGAAUUACAAACAUUUUUUUAUAUAAAAUUAUAUAAUGGAAUGUAGAUAUGAAUUUUUUUGUCACUGAUUGAACCAGAAACGAGGAUGAAAUGUACAUAUAUUUAUAGUAUAAAUUCUAAACAGAACUUUAGAUAUAUAUUUGUGGUAUGAAUGUAAAUAUUUUAAUGUGCCGCCAUUUUUAAUUUGUGAAGAGCUAGAUUUGAAUUAUCAUAGUUUUGGGAACGGUUUAUAGAUACACUUGAACUUCACUGUCGCAUAAUUCGCUAAAAGGUGGAUUUCUGUAUGUUUGGUUUCAAGAUGACUUUUAAUAGUGUUAUGGUGAAUCCCUUCUGUAUAGCUAUAGGCAUAUCAGGAUUUCGCUAAAAUGCGGGUAUAGUCAACAACAGUGUUAUAGUGAAACCAUGGUGUGUGGGUAUAAUCAGAUGACCCAACAACAGUGUAAUAGUGAAACCUGUAAUAUAUUAUAUAUAAGGGACUCACUAUUACAUGGGUACGAUCAGUUGAACUCCACAACAGUCAAUUGACCCCAACAACAGUGUUAUAGUGAAACUUGUAGUAUAUAAUAUAUAAGGGAUUCGCUAUAACAUGGGUACGGUCAGUUGAACUCAGCAACAGUCAAUUGACCUCAACAACCGGCGUUAUAUUGAAGCAGUAGUAUAUAAGAGACUCGCCUUUAUGCUGGUACAAAAACUGGUGUUAUAGUGGAGCUCUUGUGUCACUAUAUACUGGUAUAAAAACCGGUGUUAUAGUGGAGCUCGUGUGUCACUAUUAUGCUGGUACAACAACCGGUGUUAUAGUGGAGCUCUUGUGUCACUAUAAUGCUGGUACAACAACUGGUAAUAUAGGGGAGCUCUUGUGUCACUAUAAUGCUGGUUCAACAACCAGUGUUAUAGUGGAGCUCUUGUGUCACUAUAUGCUGGUUCAACAACCAGUGUUAUAGUGGAGCUCUUGUGUCGCUAUAAUGCUGGUACAACAACCAGUGUUAUAGUGGAGGUCUUGUGUAUAGCAUGGUCUCACUAUAAUGUUAUUGUAGUCACCAUUGUAAUGAGGGUCUAGUGCAUGUAUUUUCCACAAUAAACAGGAAUUAAUAUCAGAAACUCCCAUCAGAGUUCUUGUAGAUUAGAAGCCGUUAGAAGUGAAUCUGUUUUUGUUAUAAAAAUGUGUUCCUUUUAUAUUGUAAUUGUAAUAUUAGUUUAAAGUUCACUCUUGUUUUGAGGGGUAAGGUGGGCGAAUGGUUUAACGUGUGCACAUUGAAUCAUAAGGUUUGUCAUUGAGUCAACUGACGUGGUUUUUGAUUCCCUGCUUGUGCGUGACAAGGAGUAGGGUAGCCAGUCCAAUCACAUGGGUUUUCUCCGGGUCCUCCGUUUUACUCCCACUGCUAAAGACCCCUUAUUGAAAUAAAAUUGAACCAUGUUAGUCCCAAAAUGACCUAGUUUGUGUUGAGUGGACGUUCAACUCCAUUUCUCUCCCUCUCUAUUGUUUUGCAUCAUGAAGAAAAAAUCGGCAAACAACAAUCUUUGAUAUCAAUCGAGGUUUCGUCUGUUUAUAUAGCGAUGCAGAGUUUGCAACAUCGAAUCUAUUGAUGGGUUCGUCGAACGAAAUUCAUAGGUUGGGGUAGGGGGGCUGUCAGCAUCAAAAUUGGGCCCUGAAGAUUUGUCUCGCGGACUUUUUUCAAAUUAUUGGGUUCUGAUGGUCCUGAUUGAUUCAUAAACCUCCAGGUUUACAUUUACUGUAGAUCGCGUAGACCCUGCUGGACCUGAAUAUUUGAUUCAAGAGUUGUCAUUUUAUCAGAUGUGUAUGAUCAAAUUGAAUGAAUGCUAUAUAUGUUAGUAUUAAUACUGUAUUGUCAACUAGUUUAUAUAUGUACCAGGGUUCAGGAGUCCGUAGUUUUAUUAUUGGUUCAAUGUUCUUCAUACGGACAUUUAACACAACAGUGCUACUGAUUCUUGUUAUUGUCUAUAAGAUGUCUUGGACUACUAACAAGCGCCAAGAUAUGCUGGAGAGCACCAAGGCAAGCCCAAAUUAGACCCAUGGGAUUGUAAAAGUUGUUCAGACAAGUUUAAAACUCCAAGGCUCGUCCAGGAUAUGGGCUUAAUCUAUUUGUUAAGGCUAGCUCAAUUUUUGUCAAGGUCGCAGCGAUAUAAAGGCUGUUGGCGUGAAGGUUAGGGUUAGGAUAAGCAUUGGAAUUAGGACCAGGGUUAGUGUUGGGAUUAGCGCUAGCCCUGUUUACAUCUCGUGACCUAACCUAUGACAAAAAAUUGAGCUAGCCUUAUCAUUUAGCAUUAACCCAGGAUAUGUUUCUGAUUCCUUGACAUUUUUAUAAGAGGGGCUGCCAGAAGAACCCAUGCAUGCACUGUAGUCUAGUUGACAUCAUUAGUUAUCUAUAUACAUGUAUACUAAUGUAGAUAUUAUCUCUUUCAGGGAAAAAUAUUUUUAUUUGUUUUAAGCUCUUAGUGUAAUAUUUGGUGCAACUUAAUUAUGUGUAUAUUUUUGCCAUGUAUGUAGUAGCACAGAUCAUCGUAAGGAAUUCUCAUAGAUUUCAUAUGUAUAUCCCUCCAUUAAAUUAUUUGUAAAGCCAUUUUAAAAUGCAGUAACCCCACUGAUCUAAACAUCUGCCUAAAUGAUCUAAACUUUUUUAAAAAUAUUACUGUUAUUUAUGACUUUACAUAAUAUAUUUAAAAACAUACGAAAAAGAGCUUUGAAUAAUUUUUAAUAUACAAACAAAAUGAAGAACAAAACUAACAUUAACAUUAAUGAAUUUACAAUUUGAAUGAAUUUGUUAGCAAGCUCUUUUUAAAUAAAUAUAUAAUAUUAAAAUCAAUAAAAAGCUUGUUAACAAAAUAUUUUACAAUGUUACACGAGGUGAUUAUCGACCUAAUAUGUUAUAUGUAAACUCUAUCUCUAAUUUACAGACAAAUAUUAAAUUAUUAUUGAUUAUUUAUCGAUGGCUAACAGUCUAUAUCUCUAAUCUGUAGGAUUAUGUAGAAUCUUAAUCAUUGUCAUUGCUAUAUUUAGUUUAUAACGAAAUACAUUAUAUAGAACUUGCCCUAUCAAUGAUCAGAAUAAUACGUCAGAUAAACCCAGUAAAACUCUUUAUUUUGACUAGGUUAAGGCUAGGUUCCCCACUGUCAUGCGAUGCGUUACGAUAGGAUUGUCUCUAUUGAGUCCAUGAUCUGCUACGUGCAGAUACGUUUUGAUACGGUCAACACGAUUGCUACGACUGACCUCAUUAUAUGACCUGAUAGGAUCACCACGAUUAAAACCACGAUUCCAAUCCUAGCACGAAUUGUGAUAGUGGGACGAACCUAGCUUUAGAUAUGCUGAUCUUUAAAUGUAUAUCUCUAAUCCAAAGUUGUAAUUGUAAUAUUUGAUUAGAAUGAAUUAUAAUUUAUCAGUUAACUAACCAAUAUCAGCUUAAUCCAUCACCUACAAUUUAUAAUUAUAUAGAAAUUGGUCCAUUAUUAAUCAAACAGUUUAUUUUUAAUUAAAUUAAAUUUCCUGCUCUUUUUAAUCCAAAAGAAUAUUCAGUGCUUGUUAAACCCCCAUCUCUCUCCAAAAUUAAGUCUGCUUUAUUAAUUAAACCGUGUGUCUCUCUCCAAAAUUAAAUCUAAGAUGUGCUGCUUUCUAUACGCCCACAUCAAAAUGUUUUUUUUCUCAAAUCCACAAGAAUAUGUAGUAUUUAAAUCAUAAUAAAUACACUUGUAAUUUACUGAGUAUUUUGUGGAGAUUGUAAUUUAUUGUAAAUAUUGUAUUUGUAGAUGUAAGUAUUCUGUUAUGGAAGAUAUUUUAGUGUUAUACAAUUUGCCAUUUUCUUGUGUACAUGUGAGUUAUUAUGACAGUGAGUGUUGUCCAUCCAAAUAAUAAAAAAACUGUGUAAAUAAAAUCAUAAAAUGACA